AGCAAAAGUCAUUUCCAGUGUGGUGAUCUUUGAAUCACUAACUGACCUGUCAACAGGUGGCAGAGGGAGAAGUUUGCCGACUGAUGUGAGACAGAAAUUAAGAUAAAAGAAAAGCUAAAGGAUUGAAAUCUAAGCUCCUUCACAACACGCUGCUGCUCGCAGGAGACUGAGAGAGAUGAGCGAGACAGCAACGACCACAUGUCCUCUGUGGAGGGCCCUGUCCCUGGUGACCCUUCUCUGUGCUGCAUCACGUUGUGUAAGCUCCACGGACAGCCAGCCUGACCACCCAAACUCUCAACAUGGGAUCACCUUCAGCCAUGUCUAUAAAAUUGACACCCCAGGAAGCUCCAGCUGUACAACGCAGGAUGAGACAGGUCUGCAGAAAGACACUACCAUAAAUGGAGAAAAUGACAUUGUCUUCAAACACAAUAUAAUGCUACAGACACCCAAGUGUGCAUGUGAGGAGUCAGAUAGCUUUAAGAAGCUGCUGCACAGAGUCAAUGGACUGGAAGAGGAGGUCAACUAUCUGAUAACGCAGUGCACACAGGGAUGCUGUGGAGCAGGUGGUGCCGUAGGUGUGGACACUAGCUGCACCGGCCAUGGUACCUACCAACAGGCUACUUGCAGCUGUCUCUGUUACCCAGGCUGGGAAGGGCCAGAUUGCUCUUUGUCCUCCUGUCCCGAUGAGUGCAACGACAACGGCCGAUGCGUGGAUGGGAAAUGUGUGUGCCAUGAGGGCUAUACAGGGGAAGACUGCAGCCUGCUAGCAUGUCCAGACAACUGUAACGAUAAGGGACAGUGUGUGGAUUGGAAAUGUGUGUGCCAUGAGGGCUAUACAGGGGAAGACUGCAGCCUGCUAGCAUGUCCAAACAACUGUAACGAUAAGGGACAGUGUGUGGAUGGGAAAUGUGUGUGCCAUGAGGGCUAUACAGGAGAAGACUGCAGCCUGCUAGCAUGUCCAGGCAACUGCGAUGAUAAGGGACGGUGUGUGGAUGGUAAAUGUGUGUGCCAUGAGGGCUAUACAGGAGAAGACUGCAGCCUGCUAGCAUGUCCAGGCAACUGUAACGACAAGGGACGGUGUGUGGAUGGUAAAUGUGUGUGCCAUGAAGGCUAUACAGGAGAAGACUGUAGCCUGCUAACAUGUCCAGGCAACUGUAACAAUAAGGGACAGUGUGUGGAUGGUAAAUGUGUGUGCCAUGAGGGCUAUACAGGAGAAGACUGCAGCCUGCUAGCAUGUCCAGGCAACUGUAACGAUAAGGGACGGUGUGUGGAUGGUAAAUGUGUGUGCCAUGAGGGCUAUACAGGGGAAGAUUGCAGCCUGCUAGCAUGUCCAGGCAACUGUAACGAUAAGGGACGGUGUGUGGAUGGUAAAUGUGUGUGCCAUGAAGGCUAUACAGGGGAAGACUGCAGCCUGCUAGCAUGUCCAGGCAACUGUAACGAUAAGGGACGGUGUGUGGAUGGUAAAUGUGUGUGCCAUGAGGGCUAUACAGGGGAAGACUGCAGCCUGCUAGCAUGUCCAGGCAACUGUAACGAUAAGGGACGGUGUGUGGAUGGUAAAUGUGUGUGCCAUGAAGGCUAUACAGGGGAAGACUGCAGCCUGCUAGCAUGUCCAGGCAACUGCAACGAUAAGGGACGGUGUGUGGAUGGUAAAUGUGUGUGCCAUGAGGGCUAUACAGGAGAAGACUGUAGCCUGCUAGCAUGUCCAGGCAACUGUAACGAUAAGGGACGGUGUGUGGAUGGUAAAUGUGUGUGCCAUGAAGGCUAUACAGGAGAAGACUGCAGCCUGCUAGCAUGUCCAGGCAACUGUAACGAUAAGGGACGGUGUGUGGAUGGUAAAUGUGUGUGCCAUGAAGGCUAUACAGGAGAAGACUGCAGCCUGCUAGCAUGUCCAGGCAACUGUAACGAUAAGGGACGGUGUGUGGAUGGGAAAUGUGUGUGCCAUGAGGGCUAUACAGGAGAAGACUGUAGCCUGCUAACAUGUCCAGGCAACUGUAACGAUAAGGGACGGUGUGUGGAUGAGAAAUGUGUGUGCCAUGAAGGCUAUACAGGGGAAGACUGCAGCCUGCUAGCAUGUCCAGGCAACUGUAACGAUAAGGGACGGUGUGUGGAUGGGAAAUGUGUGUGCCAUGAAGGCUAUACAGGGGAAGACUGCAGCCUGCUAGCAUGUCCAGGCAACUGUAACGAUAAGGGACGGUGUGUGGAUGGGAAAUGUGUGUGCCAUGAAGGCUAUACAGGGGAAGACUGCAACCUGCUAGCAUGUCCAGGCAACUGUAAAGAUAAGGGACGGUGUGUGGACUGCAGCAGCAACGGGCAGUGCGUGAAUGGCCAGUGCAUCUGCAAGGAAGGCUUUUAUGGGGAAGACUGUUCUUUAGAAAUGGAUUCUCCAAAAGACUUAAAGGCUUCAGAUGUAACUCUGGAUUCUGCUUCCUUAAGCUGGAUCCCUCCACUGGCAGACAUCGAGGGUUACAUCCUCACUUACAGAGAUGAAGAUGGAAAAAAGGAGGCAGUUGAAAGGCAGCUUGGAGCCGGUGACAGAAGCUUCUCUCUGUCCAACCUGGAGAUGGGAAGGAGAUACGUUGUUACCAUUAUCGCCUACAGGGGCAACAAGAGGAGCAAGAUCAUGGAGACUGUUUUUAAAACUGUUGGCUCAUUGCACCCCUUCCCUAUGGACUGUGCACAGGUCAUGAAGAACGGCAAUAAAAGAAGUGGCAUCUUUACCAUCUAUAUCAAUAACAAUCGGUCAAAACCAGCAGAGGUUUACUGCGAUAUGGACACAGAUGGAGGCGGAUGGCUGGUGCUCCAGCGCCGUAACACGGGCAAGCUGGACUUCAUGAAGCGCUGGAAGCAGUACAUAGCAGGGUUUGGUAGCUUGACAGAGGAGUUCUGGCUUGGUUUGGAGAAGAUACAUGACCUGACCAACACCCCCACUCAGUAUGAGCUGCGGUUUGACUUGGGCCUGGGCUCAGAGAGAACCUACGCCGUAUAUGAUAACUUUAAGAUUGCUCCAGUCAAGCAGAAGUUCACACUCACUAUUGGCAAAUACAGAGGGACAGCAGGUGAUGCCAUGACCUACCACCAAGGUCGACCCUGGACAACGGUUGAUUCAGAUAAUGACAUCGCUCUGGGGAACUGCGCCCUGACCCACAGAGGAGCCUGGUGGUAUAAAAACUGUCACUUGGCCAACCUUAAUGGCAGAUGGGGCGACAACAGGCACAGCACGGGGGUCAACUGGGAACCGUGGAAGGGACACCGUAGGUCUCUCGACUUCACUGAGAUGAAGAUCCGACCAGUGGGAUUCAGGCCAAGCAGGAAGAGGAGAUCGUAGAUGGCUGGACAGAAAAGCAGAACCUCAAACAAGAAAUAGGGCGACGGCCAAAGUUGUGAUGGAUGAAACCAUCCCCAUAGUCCCACGACCAUGCUAGAUUUAGAUGUUUCUGCACUUAUGUUGCUACAAAUGACCUAAAAAAAAUAAAUUUACACAAAUCAGUUAGGCUCAUAUUGCACAUUUUUAUCAAGAAGUUUAAAAGUAAAUUAUUAUCUGUUUCCAUUUAAAUCAGAAUCCCCAAAAUUUAGAGUGAUUGUAGGAAAGCGCCCUUUGACUUGAGAAUAAAUAAUCUCCAUUUCAUUGUAAUUUUGGAAGCAUCUGUUUUAGUGAUUCAGUUAAAAGUCUGAAACACUUUUUACUUGUUUCAUGUAUCAUUUUAAGUAUUUUUAAAGUGAUGGCAGCAGCUUACUUGUUUUAUGUUUAUUUUAUGUCAUAGAAAGGCCUUUAGAGCAUUAAAGUGAAAGGAAAAGAAGAAACAAAAA